AUGUGUGGAAAGUCUCGAACAGAUGGCCAGGAGGACAGUUUUUCCAAGGAACAGCCUAAAAUGAGCCCAAGGGAAGGAAUAACUAGCACAGGGGACUACAGCAGAGUCACUGCAGGCUUCACCACCAGCAGCUGCAUCGUCAUCACCAUCAAUAUUAGUAAUAACUCUCCGUCUGCUGCCACAGUCACAGUCGGAUUUGUUUUCGCCCCAGUCAGUCUACAGGUUUUAACACCUACAGUCCCAGUGAGGUUGGGGGUUCCCAGACAGAGGAGGUGUAGUCAGUCAGUCAGGGGGAGUUUCUCCCACUCUCGUUCCCUCUCCCUGCACCCAGCUCAGCAUGCCCCAGCCCCUGAGCACCUCCACAGCUCUCCCAGCUCCACUACCAUGUGUAGAUGGACAGUGACACAAGGUGCACCGGUCGCCUGGUUCUCCUCCUGCCCUUGUUGCAGACCUCCUUCACUCUUCCUGUCCCUCACCUUCCUCCUCCUGCUUCUCUUGCUCGGACCCUCCUCAUCCUCGCCCCUGUCCGCUUUAUCGUCAGACUCUGAGAAGGACCACAAUGUGCCAGGAGGGACUCCUCCUAAUAUCUUCAUCUCACAUCUGCCACAUCCUUCAUCAUCACCCCCAACGCUGCAUGCAUCCUCUGCCAGGUUGCCACGGGCGACCAACGUAUCAUCGUCCUCUGCGACGGUCGUUGGGCGCCAUGUGCGCAGCAGCUACAACCAUCUGCAAGGAGAUGUGCGCAGGAGGAAACUGUUCUCCUACCAGAAAUUCUUCCUUCGCAUUGACAAGAAAGGAAAAGUUAACGGCACCAAAAGUGAGGACGAUCCAUACAGUAUUUUGGAGAUCAAGUCGGUGGAUGUUGGAGUGGUGGCCAUCAGGGGCCUCAGCAGUAACUACUACCUGGCAAUCAACAAGAAGGGGGAGCUAUACGGAGCGAGGGACUUUGGUCCGGAUUGUCGUCUGAUCGAACGCAUCGAGGAGAACAAGUACAACACCUAUGCUUCAGCAGAGUGGCGCAACAAGAAGAAGCACAUGUUUGUGGGACUGAACGCCAACGGCAAGCCAAUGAGGGGGAAGAAGACACGGAGGAAAAACACAGCCACUCACUUCCUGCCCAUUGUGGUACAACCACGAUGAAUGGACAUAUCAGCCAUGAGGGAGCUCUGCAGACUGCGGUGCAUCAGACCUCUCUGGAGUUACAGUGAUGGCUACAUUGGACAGAUCUGAAUCAGAUCUGAAUGAUGCACUGAGGAGGAAAAGAAUGGAAACCUAUGGGAAUUUUAUCUCUGAUGGACAAAGACAUUUCUAUUUUUAAAGAAAAAAUAAGAUAUAUUGCUAUACAAUGUAUAUACUAUUUUCAGUUUUAAGUUAUCAAGUACAUUGGCACAGUAGAAAAUAUGAAAGAAAAUGACUUCUGUGCCAAAAUGUGAUCAGUAACUCAUAUUUCUAGAUUUGUGUACACGUGAAAUGCUUGACUGGGAAGAAAUGAAAUGACAGAAGAUGUAAGAGAGGAAAACAAAGAGAAAAGAAGAAGUACUGGUGGAAAGGUUACUGUUAGACAAAGGAGAAAAAAAGACAAGAAAAGAAGAAAAUGAAAAGGAUGACAAAGAGAGUCAGGAAGCACCAACACAACAGCAAGUCUAACACUAUCAUGUUUGUUUUCUUUAAAUUUAUUUAUUUUGUGUAAUAUUUAACAAAACCAACAAAAACACGAAAAAGACAGAUUCUUGUCUUUUUUACCAUUUAUGCUUCUCUUUUUGAAUACUAAUCAUUUAAACCUAAAUAAAUAUAAAAAUAUAUAUAUUUGUCUUUAAGUUGUUUGAUUGACUUUGAAUCCUUUUUUCACAGUUCAAUUAUUGGUUGUUCAUACUGUAAAUCCACGGCAAAGAGAUAGAA